AUGGUGGUCAGAGCUUUGAAGCAAACAUCUAUUGCCAGAAAUGGUUUGGGAGCUAAUUACAUACUUCCAUGCAAAAAGGUUAUCCUGCAAUAUUGCAACUGGGGAGGAUCUUCGCAGGGUAUGAGAGACUUUCUUACAAGCAAGAGGCUGGAUAUCUUGGCCAAGAAGUAUCCUCAAAUUGAAUUUAACGUAUUGAGGAAGUCAGGGCAUCCCCUCGUACGCGCGCAGUACACCAACGGUAGGGAAAAAGUUGUCUGCGUGAGGAAUCUAAACAUAGACAACGUGGAGAACAAACUCAAGCUGCUGAAAGACUCAUCUGGCGAGAUUCUGCGCCACCGCGUUUCCAACGACUACGUGGACUCUUUGAACACAAGUGUGAGGGGCGUAUGGUCGCCAAUGCAUGUGGAUCCUUCUCAGAGGCACAAGGUAUAG